UUUAGAGUAUCUCAUUGAAUAAGGUGUCACUAAUUACCCCCAUCAUCCCAUAAUUAUACGUAACAUGUUCAAAAUAUAUAAUAAAAAAGCGAAAGAUAAAGAAAAGGAACGGUUUAAUUUGCUUCAAAAUGACUUUCACAUCUCUGACCCUCAUCUCUAAUUUUUCUCUUCUUUUUUCAUGGCAGCCAUGAUCUUACCACAGGUGAAAACAAAGGCGAUCUUGAGACUUGUUCUAGAGCUGCCAGUGUUCUUUCGCAUGUCAUUAAGGGUAAUAAUCUAUGCAAGGAAAAGGUUCUGCAUAUUGAACUUCUACAACCUACUCCCAUUCUAGGAAGCCCAGAGCCUUUGUUACACUGUAUGGUGAAGUAUCUGGCUCUUGCCUCUUGUAUGAAAAGUAAAGAUGGAAAAUCAAGCACAUCCGAGAAUGUGUUUGUUCAGUCUGUUAUCCUGAAACUGUUAAUUAUUUGGCUUUCUGAUUGUCCAAAUGCGGUGCAAUGCUUCUUGGAUUCACAUUCUCACCUAACGUAUUUGCUGGAGCUGGUCUCAAGUCCUACCACAACUGUUGGUGUAAGGGGCUUGACUGCAGUACUAUUAGGGGAAUGUGUAAUCUACAACAAAAGCAAUGCUAGUGGAAAGGAUGCCUAUAGCAUAGCUGAUGCCAUAAGCCAAAAAGUUGGGUUUACAUCGUACUUCUUAAAGUUUGAUGAAAUGCAGAAAAGCCAUCUUUUUACAUCUGCUAAACCAUUUUUGCCAAUUAAACCAUUGACAAGAUCUACUGUUGCUAGUAUGGAUGAGAUUGAAUAUGGUAGAACUGAACCAUCUGAUGAGCAUUGUAUGCUUACAUCAGUAUUUGAUUCUCCAUUCAUAUAUUCUUUGGAGUGCUUAGUGGCUGAUAUUAGAGAAAAGAUGGUAGAAGCUCACAGAAGCCCUAAGAGCCAGGUGACCGUGGUACCAGCAGAUCUUGAACAACAGGGUGAGGAGAACGAUGUUGACUAUAUCAAGCGGCUGAAGACUUUUGUGGAGAAGCACUACCAUGAGAUACAGGUACUUAAUGAGUUGGUCUAUACUGAUGCUGCAUUCAUAGUGGAGAUAACAAGACGCUGAUGGAGAGCGACGCAAUGAUUGAUUUGCUUGUGUGCCUUGGACAGGAGCAGAGGAAAGUAGACAAACUUAGCUCUAGGCUGAGAGAGCUAGGUGAAGAUGUAGGUAAAUUGCUGGAAGACGUCGUGGAUGAUGUUGAUGCUGAUGAAGACGACUAGUCUUAAUGAUGUUUUCUUGAUCUACAACAGACUAGCCUUUACUGUGUUCCAAAAUUUUGUAUAAGCAUAUCUGUUUUUUUUUUGUGUAUAUAUCUGAUAUAAUUGAGAAAAGACGGUUAUUAAUGAAGUUGUUUCGAAUUUGAAGACA